UUUCCGGUCGGAGGCCUUUGCUGGGAGCCCCGCGUCCCUAGGGGGCGGCGGCGGCGGCGAGGGCAGAGGGGGAUCCGGAAGUCAACACCAUGUCGAGUCUGCACAAGAGCAGGAUUGCAGAUUUCCAGGAGGUCCUGAAGGAGCCCACGAUUGCCUUGGAAAAGCUUCAGGAACUCAGUUUUAGUGGCAUCCCCUGUGAGGGCGGACUUCGGUGCCUCUGCUGGAAGAUUCUCUUGAACUACCUCCCCUUGGAAAGAGCCUCAUGGACCUCCAUCCUGGCCAAGCAGAGGGAGCUAUAUUCUCAGUUCCUGAGGGAAAUGAUUAUCCAGCCUGGCAUUGCCAAGGCCAACAUGGGUGUGUCGAGGGAGGACGUGACCUUUGAGGACCACCCGCUCAACCCCAACCCCGACAGCCGGUGGAACACCUACUUCAGGGACAACGAGGUGCUGCUGCAGAUCGACAAAGACGUCCGGAGGUUGUGCCCAGACAUAUCUUUCUUCCAGAGAGCCACCGAGUACCCCUGCCUCCUUAUCCUGGACCCCCAAAAUGAGUUUGAGACCCUUCGUAAGCGGGUGGAACAGACGACGCUGAAAUCCCAGACAGUGGCCCGGAACCGGAGCGGAGUCACAAAUAUGUGCUCCCCGCACAAGAACAACGCGCCGUCAUCCCUGAAUGAGUACGAGGUGCUGCCCAACGGCUGCGAGGCCCACUGGGAGGUGGUGGAGCGCAUCCUGUUCAUCUACGCCAAGCUCAACCCUGGCAUCGCGUACGUGCAGGGCAUGAACGAGAUCGUGGGGCCGCUCUACUACACCUUCGCCACCGACCCCAACAGCGAGUGGAAAGAGCACGCGGAGGCAGACACGUUUUUCUGCUUCACCAACCUCAUGGCCGAGAUCCGGGACAACUUCAUCAAGAGCCUGGACGACUCGCAGUGUGGCAUCACCUACAAGAUGGAGAAGGUGUACUCCACCUUGAAGGAUAAGGACAUGGAACUCUACCUGAAGCUGCAAGAGCAGAAUAUCAAGCCCCAGUUCUUUGCCUUCCGCUGGCUGACGCUGCUGCUAUCCCAGGAGUUCUUGCUGCCUGAUGUCAUCCGCAUCUGGGACUCCCUCUUCGCUGACGCCAGCCGCUUCGACUUCCUCCUCCUGGUGUGCUGCGCCAUGCUCGUACUGAUCCGGGAGCAGCUGCUGGAAGGGGACUUCACCGUGAACAUGCGGCUCCUGCAGGAUUACCCCAUCACGGAUGUCUGCCAGAUCCUGCAGAAAGCCAAGGAGCUCCAAGACUCCAAGUAGCCUGCUGGCAAGAGGCCCAGGUUUGGGAGAGAAGACACCGACCCCUGUGCCCUGGCUCCUGGGACGCGCAGCAGCCCGUGGGACUCCAGCCAGCCUGCGGGGAAGCUGGAGUGGCCCACCCCAGGCCUCCUCACUGGGCUCCCUCCCCCUCGGCCGCUCCCGCUGGGGGCACACUGUGCCUCGCUCCUUCCUGACCGCCUCCCCCGCCCUCCGCCCUGGCCCCCUCCCUGCUUUUCAUCCUGCAGACCUUUGGCCCAGGUUGCCGAGCGAGGCUGGAGCUCGUGAGGUGGUUUCCCCCGGGUUGGGGCACUUUGGGGGCCUGGGAUGCCGGCAGGGGUCCGUCCCGGCCUCCGAGCUGCUGCUCCCUCCCUGCUCUCCUGCUCUGGUCUUCUGGGCUCUGGUCUCCGGAGGUGCUUGGCAGAUGAGCCAGAAACCACUUGGUUGGUGCUUAGGCUUCUCCGUGGGGAAGGUGACACUGUGAAGGAGCUAAGAAGCUGCCAGGCCCAGGUCAAACCCUCUGUCCCUUUCCCACCCUCCCCCCCGAGUGUGUGUUUUUGUCUAGUCACGAGUGGGCAUGGACGCGUCUCUUCAUCUCCCAGGUGUCUGCUGCUCCUGUGUGGUGUGUAUGGUGUGUGUGUGUCCCUGUGUGUGUGUGGGGGGGGCCUCUUUGAUCCCCCAAGAUCUCUUUU